GCAUAUAUUGCGACUGUUCUUCGCCUCGCCUGAAUAAUCCUUUCUGUGUCACCCCGCGACGUCCAAGCGGAGUCUGAGUACGGAUAAGCCACGGAAAUCGAUCUCAAACUGCCGUCACCGUGACACCAGCUCAUUUCAACACGAGAGGCCACCCUUAAGCCCAAAACGAUACCAUCACUCUCAUCUUUAAUGGUCACGAAAACACGAAGCAGCGAUAGCCGACUUAGGCGACAACACUCAGAAUAAGAUGGAAAGCAUCCAGCUUGCGCAGAUGCUCGCUGACUUGAGCGAUCUGCACGCGGCGCACGACUCCCAAGCCGCCAGGGCCUUGGUCAACGCGAGCAAAUCGCUCCCAACAUCAUCACAAUCAACAUCGUCCGCCGAGCCGAGCAAGCCCCCAGAACCGAUACCUAGUCGACCGGGCCUGCGAAAUCACAAGCGCACCGGCUCAACAGGCUCACAGGCAUCGACAGCCUCCUCGUUCAUGUCCCGAACGGCCUCGCCUGCCAAGUUCGACAAGUACGGCCGGCGCAUUGCCACCCCGCCCAACACGCGCACCAACUCGGCUUAUGGCUCCAUUCCGGGGACACCGCGGCGAGACUCGGAGCAGAUGGACGAUGACGUCGACCGGGCUAAUACCCUGAUGGCACUCUACGAGAUUCGAGCCAAGCUCAAGGACCAAGACAGCAGCCGGAACCUGAGCAAGCUGAGGGAGAAGGUGGCAGCGUUGCAUGCGAAGCAGAUGCAGGCCGAGAAGAAGGAUGGCGAUGACGGGAAGAUGAAGUACAGCUACCCGAAGAGCUCUUGAGGUCUCCGGCUCACGACUGGAGCAUACGCGCUGUUUAUGUUAUAUCGGACGGGGAUUGGGCUUCUAGGACUGGUUGCUUGGAUUAUGAGUUGGAACGAUACUGCUUGUAAGGGGACUGGGGUAUUCUGCAUCAUAAAUACGGCGUUUUCGGGAUGGCUACGGAGUACAUCACUGGUGGGAGUAAGGUUGGGGACAUUACCACAGUACGGGCUUCCUUGAAGUAAUGGGAUGGGGACGAGAGGGGAAAAUGUACGAGUACUGAGGGACAAUCACGCCCUCUCAUUUUAUGAGUGUCUACAUACCCAGGUAUGUUUAAAUGCUGUUCCACCCCAGGCCAUGUGUUGAGAGUAGAGGUGAGAAAGGUAAGGUACGG